GUGCCCGACAUCGCGAUCAGUGACUGACCUAUCACAUCCACGAUUGAAAGGCGAGGACCUCAACCAGAAGGGUGCUUGGAGACCGGUUCCCGGCAGCGAGGGUAUAUAAGCGGGGGCUGGAGGUCCAGAGUCCAUUCCCGUGCUCCCUGCUGAAGAACCAUGAUGUGGCGGCUGUGCGUGCUGGCUCUGAUCGCGACUGCCUCGGCGCAGAUCCCCUCGCUAGGAUGGUGCCCCGAUUAUCAACCCAUGGCUAACUUCAACAUGAACCGAUUCCUGGGCACCUGGUAUGAAGCGGAGCGUUACUUCACAGUCAGCGAGCUGGGCAGCCGCUGCGUCACCACCAAGUAUGAGCAGACUCCGGAGGGCAGGAUCCUGGUGUCUAACGAGAUCACUAACUCACUCACGGGAAUGAAGCGUGUGAUGGACGGGCACUUACAAGUUAUCGGGCGUGAGGGCGAAGGCCGCAUCAUCGUGAAAUACUCUUCACUGCCCGUGCCCUUCGACAACGAGUUCAGCAUCUUGGACACGGACUACGACAACUACGCUGUCAUGUGGUCUUGCAGUGGUAUCGGGCCUGUGCAUACACAAAACGCGUGGGUGCUGACCCGCGACCGCCUCGCCAACAUGCAGAUCAUGCAGAGUGCGUACGGCGUGCUGGACCGUUUCAAGAUCUCCCGGGCCUUCUUCCUAAAGACCAACCAGGCUGACUGCAAUGUCCUGCCUGACCCGGCCGCUGACCCCAUUGCGGCGAAGUCUGCUGUUGUGGACGUUGUUGCCAAGAACGUGCCUCAGGUGGCGGAGAAGAUUGAGCAUAUUGUUGAGAAGAAGGUGGACCCCGAAGUGAAAUUAGAUGCGCCACAAGAAAAACAAAUCGCUCCAGAAAAGUUGGAAGAAGAACAGAAGCCCUUGCAAGUCCCAGAACUGAUCCUGUCCGAAUCAGCGGAGAAGAUAGACCUGAAACUUGGAGAGCCACUGAAAGACCUGAAGCCCGAAAUCCCUGAAAUCCCCGAAAAGAAUGAAGAAAAGCCCCCCCAAUAAGUCGUUUCCUAUAAUGCUCUGAACAUAGUGAUAGAUGCGUGUGAGGCUUAGUAGUAACAGGAAUUAUGGGCUACUGUACCAAAUAAGUCAUAAAACCAGGGAGAGUGUAAUUCUGACCGGCCAGUCCUGUGCUGAAACACCAGA